CUCUCAGGCUCCUGUCCACCAGUCUCUAGCCCACCAAGAGAGAGGGGGCCGUCCCCCGCCAUGCCCUAGCCUUCUGCGUCAGUCCAUCGAAAGAGAUCCGGAGCACAUGGCGCAGAUCCCCCCCAUCUCUGGCCCGAUUUCUGCCUCUGCGGACGAUGGCCCGGCUGUGGAGAACCGCGGUUCUCUCGACCGGAAACGUCCGUACGUCGUGGAUGAAGACUCUUCCUCAGACGGUCGUGACCCGUUGCGCCCUCGUACGCUCUCCUGGCACCCCUCGGCGCCCGUGGAGCCGCCUCUGAAGACGGAGAGGCUUUGUUCCAUCGGGGUCGACUCCAUCUUGAACCCUCCGUCCAAGGCUGGACCGGCGACUAGCCCUGAAACGCGCGGGGAUCCGAUGGCGCCGGCCGGUUCGUCGCACCAUCGACGACUGCCCUCAUCCCCCUCCGUUCGCCUGCCGUCGCCCGCGCUACCACCCGCCAAACGGUUGUCCUUAUCCCCAGGAUCUCAUCAGAUGAUCCACCCCGCGUCGCCUUCAGCUCGCUUCGUCAACGCCGCGGGUCCGUAUCCCAGGAAGACUAGUGCGCCACAGUCGCCCUUGGCUCAAGAAUCUCGACCGGGGUAUAUGGGGGCUCCAGGCUCCCCGAUGGUCAUGGACCCGGCGGUAGCUCCGUCCACCUCGAUGCCGGGCCCUCCGGGGGCCAUGCCCGUCUCCGUGCAAUCCACGCCCACGUUCCACAGUCGCCGGACGAGUGCCAACCUGACGCCCAACCCGACCUCGCAGGAAACGAGCCCGACGACGCCUGUUUCCACCUUCAGCCACUUCGGACGCGCGUCGCCCGCCCUGGCCGGUCCCCCUCUGCCCCAUCUGCCGUCGGGCCUGGCGACCUCGGUGCCGUACGCGCCGAUGGAGUCGGUCAGCCGACUGCCCCCGGUGUUGGCCGGUCCACGGCCGGGCGACGAGCCGCUGGCCGUGGGGCCACCCCCGCACGCCGACCCUUCCGGGCCGCCCAAGAUCGAAUGUUUUCUGGACCUGAAAUCGGGAUCGUCCAGCCAGGCGGAGAAACGGAAGGCGAACAGCGACGCAUCGCGGCGGUUCCGGAACCGAAAGCGGAACGAGAUGCAGAUGGAGCAGAAGCUCACGGCCCAGCAGGAUGAGAUCCGAGCCCUGACGCAGGACCGGGACUACUACCGCGCGGAACGAGACUUCUAUCGGGAGCACGUUCAUCGACUGAUCCCGGCGGGCCAGCAGCUCCCCACUCGGCCAGCGUCGCCGCAGCGGUUUCGCGCGCCGUUCGACCACCCCUCCGAACGGGAUCCGCAGACCGUAUGGCCACAUGCGACCGAGCCCGCAUCUGGGCCCCGUGCGUCCUUCGGGGGUCCUUCCCUGGCACCCCCAGUAACGUCGUCGACGAGGCCGACCGGAAGCUGGUCUACCGCAUCGCCCUCCUAUACCACGUCGCCGGCGGCGCCGGGGGGACGCGGGGUCCUGUCCCACGAGCAACCACCCCGGUCUCUACCACAGUUUCCGGGAGAGUGGGCACGGGUCUAAUCUUUUCCUAUCCGUGAUACGCAGCGACGCCGGCUCGUUCCACCGCACAUCGCCUGGAGCGUUGGUUGUUUAUAAUGAAGGGGGACCGCAGACCAGAAAGAACAUAGAAAGGAAAAGAAGAAAAGAAAAAAAAGCAGGAAAGGAAUUAGAAGAAAUUGACUAUAAUGAUCCCGCCAGCGGCGAGGGAUCGAUGCAUUGGUGGAUAUCUUUGAUUACAAUUUGCGAUCAGCAUGCAGGACGUUGGGUAUAACUAAG